AUCACCACCUGCACAAAAAUUAGGCGCUUUCCGUAAGCAUGUCCUGCGUGCACAAUUUCAGGGCUGCCCAGCCCACCUCUUAUGAACGAGCCGGUCACUGCUGGGGAAGAAGGAAGUUUUGGAACCUUGAUGGCCUAAGUGAUGGCCGCAAGUGUGCCGCAGUGUCGAGGCUUGCCCUUGGUAAUGGUGCCAAGGAGUUUGACACAAGACAGCGGUGCAACACUGCAACCUUGAAGAGAAUGUUGGGUGGUACGGAAGGAUUCCUGGUCAAGUCCACAACCAGCCAAAGGAAACACCAAAGACUUGUCUGCGCCCGUGCAUCUUCUCUACGAUCAGAAGAGCCUUCUGAUGAUGGCGACUACGCUCUUCCGCCGCUCGACUUUGAGGAUCUUAUGGGGGGUGCCGCCCGACACGCACAGGCCCAAAAGGCGAAGCAGGAGAAGAACGACGCUGCGCUCUUGGAGAAUUGGGACGACUCGCCGCUGGCGAAAGAGAGCACGUAUAACAUGCUCGGCGCGAGGGGGGGACAAAGCAUGGCUCGGGAGUUUCAAGGGGAAUGGAAGUCUGUCGACCCGGCAUCGUUCCUUGCGAAACUGGGUAUGCAGUCCCCGGCAGAGGGCAAGCAGCUAGAUGAGCGACUGUCAGCAGGAGAUGACCUUGCGGACUGGAGCGAGCCAAUCAGGGAGCGCCAGGUGGCGCCCAGGGAAGGGGCUGGGCAGAAGCCGGGGCAAGGAACGGGAGUGAAGAAGCGGUCUCCAGACGGGGGAGAGAGGGGAACGGGGUUUUCGGGGAGGGUUAGCGACAAACCGGAGAGGGGUGACGAUCAGGGCCGCCGAGGAGGAGUUGCGUCAGUGAGUGGAAGGGGGGAAGGGGCAUUGAGAUUGCCACAGAAACUGGGUGGAAGCGGGGUGCGGGGAACUAGGAAGGUGUCAAAUACGUGGCAGGAAUUGCAGGCCCGGCCUUCUCAGGGGGCGUUCGCGAAUGGUAUAGCUGGGGGGGGAAAUGCUGCGAACACGAAGAUAGAGUCCGAGCUUUCUCCCCAGGAAAGAGACGCACCAAGUGGUGCAAUGGGAGGAGGGGAAAAGCAAGUGAGCAGUGAAGCAGGGAGAGCACCCCCGGAAAAGAAUGCGCCCAGUUUUGACCAGUGGGACCUGGGACUGCCGGACUAUGACCUCGUCAAAGAGUACAUGAAAGAGGCGCCUCCAGGUCCCCAGGGGGGUCCUCAGAAGUCGGAGAUCCUUACCCCCCCUGUGAUGCCGUCAGAGUUCAGUCAAGAGCCCAGCCCUAGUUAUGGCGCGGCGUUUACGAAUGAGGAGGGGGAGGAAACCGGGGAGAGGGGUUUGGGUGAGCUUGCAAUGUCUCAAGAGGAGUUAGCAGCAAAGGCGCGGGCGAUUGAAGGGCGGUUAAGAAACGGGUUUGGAGGGGGUAUGAAUGGGCAAUCGGGCGUCGGGUCCCCCGGAAACGCAAACAGGGGGCCAGCUCGAGAGGGUAAAGUACCAGGUGGAUUGGAUGAUAUUGCGAGAGGGGGAUCCCCCAACAGUAGCGUAGCGGAGGAUGUUGAGAUUGGGAAAGCAACCGACGUCGACGACGAUAGCCUAUUGGCGCAGUUUGAUCAGAUGAUGGCGAGCAAGCAGAACUGGAUGCCAGACGACGUUCGAGAUUCUGAUCUGGGGGGCUCUGAGGAUGUGCUUCCGAAACGGGGGGGUAAAAGCGGGGCCGUGGGAAAGGGGGGGAAGAAGCAACGGGGGCAUUCACGAGAGGACUUCGAUGAUGACGAGGACUUCGAAACGGAGGAGGCGCUUCGGCGAACGGAGGAGCUUUUGAGGGGGAAGAGUGAUGCGGGGCUGAUGCCGGAAGCGAGAGCGAGACUGGAAGAGGAGAGGCGGCUGGAUUCGAUGGUGGGAGAUGAGGACGAGGAAAGUGAUGAGGAUGAGGAGAUUGAGGAGCAGUUUAUCCAGGAUCCUGAUUGGCAGGACGGCUGGGGUGACGACAUGUACAUGGACCUCGACGAAGAGAUGAAAAAGGCCAAGGCGGAGCGCGCCGCCAAAAAGGCCAAGCAAGGCACGCGCGACAUCAUCGACCUGACACGUGGCAACGAGCCAUUGGCCGGGAAGCUGAACCGCGACGGCAGCCUGUCGAUCGAGGGAAGCCAAAAGGGUCAGGGCGCCGGCAGGGCAGUCAGGGGGAUCGAAAGUCUCUCUAGCGGUUCGGGAAGGAAAAGUCGGAAACCGGUGGAUGUCGAAAAGGAGAAGCGGGACUCGGAAGAGUUUAUUGCGACGUUGCAACGAAGAGCGGAAGAGAGGAAAACGGGGGGGAGGAAGAAGAGAGCGAUUCCGGAUACGGGCAGUCUGUGGGAGACCCCCGAAAUGGUGGCGGAGCGGAGGAAGGAUAUGGCGCUCGACUCGCUGGAAGAGGAACUAGAGGAGGAAGAAAUCAUGCUGGAGCAACGGGCCGAGAGAGUGGCGAAAGAGUUCAGCCUGAUCGAUAGUGUGGUUAAGGGAGAGUUUGAAGACGAAGAGUUGGAGCUCGAGGCUCUGUUGGCGGAUGAUGCAUUGUUGGAGAUGAGUGAUGACGUCAGUGGCGCACACGUUGAAGGUUCUGACCGUGAAGUGGUUGGAAGAAGUGCGAAGCAUGAAGAGGAAAGAGAAAGGGAAGAAGAGGAGAGGAGAAAAGAAGAAGAGAGGAAGAGAUUGGAGGAAAGGAGGCGUGCGGAAGAAAGUUUGAGCAUUGGGGGCUUCUGGGCAGAUCUGGACGACGAACCAAUUCCAAGUACUGCUCGGACUGUCGGCAACGCAAAGGUUGAACGAAAAGCGCCUUCCUCAAAGGAGAGCGAUGCUCAGAGAAGUCACGUUGAAAAGCGAGAGGCCGUUGAACUCACUUCCGGGAUUGCUGGGUCUGCAGUGGCCUCGGAAAAACGACAAAUCCCAGGAGUGCCCUCAGAAACCGGCAACACUUCCGGAGGGCAAAACGAAAAAGGAAGGGGCGCGGAACGUGAGGCCGGAAACGGACCUGAGAGCAGUUCCCAACAGUUGGACCAGCUUCCAGGGUCAAGCGACGGGGCAAUGGUUGCAAAGGAACCGGUAACUAGAGAUGGCGGGUUUGGGGAGACGGUGGAGGCGCCGGAGAAGCAGACGCUGCUGGAACAGCUACGGCCGCAGCGGCUGAGACGGAGAGAGGAGCCGAAAGAAGAGACGGUAGAGUCGGUUAUCAAGGGUUAUCCCGAGCUGGAGUUUACGGAGGAGGUCGACCCCGAGACGGGGGUGGUCCGUCAGGUGAUCCGCCACGUGGGCUUACCCCCCGGCGAGAUUGCAGCGGAGGAGCGGCGCGAAGCGGAGCGCUUGGCGCAGUCGCUCAAUAUCGAGACGGACGAGGCAGCUCAGGCGAACAUGCUGGUGGACCGAAUGCUGGUUGCGGGGGAACGAGUGGAGGAAAUGAUCACGCAACUAGGGCGCGAGAAAAGGCUGGACACGCAGAUCCUGCGGGCGAUCGACCGGAAGAUGGGCAUCGCGCGAAAGAACAAGGCGGACAAGGCGAUUGAAACCCUCGACAUCCUGUAUAAGUAUAUCGAGGCCGAGAUGGAGCGCCAGAACGCGUCCCCCGCGCUGCGCCUGCUGGACGAGUUGCUGCAGCUGGACGACGGCGCGCUGGACGAGGCCACGUGGCUGCGCCUCUGCCGCGACCGCAUGCGCGCGGAGUUCGUGCCAGAGAGCGCCAUCGACAUCUUCAACCCGCCGGGGGUGCCCAAGCCGCGCGCGGACGGCACGUGGGAAUACCCCGAGGACGACGAGGGCAUCCUGCGCAUCGACUUCGUGCGCGAGAUCGACGACCUCCUCGAGGACCUCGCGCAGCAGGAGCGCGAGUUUGCGCGGGCCUCCGGAUACACUGCCGAAGCCAUCGCUGCGCGGCUCGUGAUCGAGCAGCGGAUGCGCACCGCGGCGCAGCUCCGCAAGCUCAAGCGGAACGCGGCCAUGAUCGAGGUGUGAGAGUUUAUGCUGCUAUUGAUCUCCGCUUUGAUUCGCAGUAGUUUCAUAAAGUGCGACUAUGAGGUGCGACUAUGACGGUUUCAAGAGCCUUUUCUGGGUAGCUUGCAGUGUUCUUCCAGAAAC